AUGACCAAGAAAUUGCCCCCAGAGGUAAAACAAGUGAGGAAGUCUAUCUCCAGAGCGUGCGAGUUUUGUCGUCGAAAGCACAUACAGUGCGACACAGGGAGGCCAUGUCAAAAUUGCAUCAGAAGAAAUAUCGGACAUUCAUGUAGGGACAUCAAGCCGAGAAGGAAGAGUAAAACGGGUGUGAAACAAAACGGCACAAAUAUUGCCCCCGUGGCAGCUUCUCUUGGAAGCUUUUCUCCCGAGCACACUAUUCGGAUGAAGCCUAAUAUGAGUACUCCGCAACAGAUGAUGAUGUUGCAGCAGCACGGAAACUAUAAAUGUUUACCGAAUAUAGAUCAGGUUACAGAGGAUAUGUCGUCUGAGGAAUUUGGUAGCAGUAGCGACAUAUCAUCUUCAAAAACACUUGCAAGCUUCAAAGACGCCAACAAUAUACAAACCAUUGGUAAUAAUACUAAUGAAGCAAAUAAUAACAUCGAAGCCAUUAACCCACCAUUAUGUUCAGUAAAUCCUGACGUGAACUAUUACCCCGGUAACGUAGAUAAUACCGAUAGUGUUGGUGAGAACGUACAGUUAUUUGACAACCCUCAGAGCCCAAUGAGCCCCAUCUUUGAUAGCACAUGGGCGAACGAUGAGUACAUGAAAUUGAAAGAUUUGGUCUCCGAUUCAGGCGCUACGUUUUCGCCGAUGGAUCUCAAUCCGAUUGACCUACAUCUGGAAGGGUUAGACAUUGACCGAGCGUUACAAUUGGAUGGUCCGCGCGAUGAUAGGGAUAUCGCAGGGCGAAAUACGAGUCUUCGAGGUUCGAUCGUGUCAACGGAGUCUAAUCCCAGGAUCAGUAAUAUGCAGGCAGAUUCACCCAUUGAUCGAAAAAGAAAUAACAUGUCUACGCCGUUUAUCUCCCUGAAUAUGCUUUCUGAUAGGGACAGUGUAAACACAGGUGUGAACAGCAGCAGUACAAAUUCUUUGAACCUGAACAACUCCACACUUGGGGAGAAAAUUGAACUCAGUCCGUUAAAGUAUAGAGAACUUGUGACGACACCUGAGGAGUUGUUUGAGAAACAGUACUUGAUAAAAACGCAUAACUACCACUUGGCGUACCAAAGACUGAAGAGGCUGUUUCGGGACAGGUACGAUGCGCAACCAGAUGGUGCGACAGUGAAUGAACUGUUCAGGGAGUUAUUGUCUGAUUACGUGCCAAAGUUUAUCGUUCUGACGUUGACCAUGACAGAGCAAGAUCUAUUUCUACAAGAGGUUAUAUUGCAGCGGUCGCUGUUAGAGUACGAAAGUAUGAUUCAACUAGUCAAUUGUACGCCUGCCGCGGUCUGGAGACGCACUGGCGAGCUGUGCUACCUGAGCAACGAGUGGAUACUGUUGACCGGGUUCUCCCGACAGGAGCUACUAGACGGUAGCAAGUUCAUAUUUGAGUACUGGGACGAUAACAGCGUGCUUUCGUACUUCGAGCUGUUCCAUAAGUACCUUGCCUUUGAGGACGUGUCCGAAGAAAUGCUCUCUGCAAACCGGAAGUUCAAGAGGUGUCGACUCAAGCUGAAGAACGGCGCAUAUCUGACUUGUGCCGUGUGCUGGACAGUGCAGAGGGACACUUUCAAAGUGCCAGUUCUCGUGAUGGGUCAAUUCUUGCCCAUCUUCGGGGAUUGCCUAUGA